UUGCCGCGAGCUCGCCGGUGCAUGCGCAUUACGCCUGCUCUGGCGCACACACUGUAUGCCUCUUUUUUUUUUUUAACGGUAAACAUCCUGCUGAUUUUUGAACGGCUAGUUUGGGCGGCAGGAAGGGGAGCGGCCGCCAUCUUGUUUGUUUGAGUGGCUCCGAAAGGGGGUGGGGGGGGAAACGUCGGGAAAGGGGAGCGGCGGCGGCGGCGGCCCGAGCGCUUACUCCCAACCCCCCGGCCUUUGGCAGCUGCUCAGGAUUGGAGAUUCUUGCAUAGACAGGUGGCACAAUGUUCUAUGCUCACUUUGUCCUGAGCAAGCGAGGGCCGCUGGCCAAAAUAUGGCUGGCGGCCCAUUGGGAUAAGAAGCUAACCAAAGCCCAUGUGUUUGAAUGCAAUUUGGAAAGCAGCGUGGAGAGCAUCAUCUCACCUAAGGUGAAGAUGGCCCUUCGAACUUCAGGACACCUUUUAUUGGGAGUUGUUAGAAUCUAUCAUAGGAAAGCUAAGUACCUCCUUGCAGACUGUAAUGAAGCUUUCAUUAAGAUCAAAAUGGCUUUCCGUCCAGGUGUGGUUGAUUUGCCUGAAGAAAAUAGAGAAGCUGCGUAUAAUGCUAUCACCCUACCUGAAGAAUUUCAUGAUUUUGACCAACCUUUGCCAGAUUUAGAUGAUAUUGAUGUGGCUCAGCAAUUCAGUUUGAACCAAAGCAGAGUAGAAGAAAUUACAAUGCGAGAGGAAGUAGGCAACAUCAGCAUCCUUCAGGAAAAUGAUUUUGGUGACUUUGGAAUGGAUGACCGCGAAAUGAUGAGAGAAGACAGUGCAUUCCCAGAUGACAUGCUGGAUAGUACUAGUGCUUCCAACCUUUUGCUGGAGCCUGAGCAGAGCACAAGUCAUCUUAAUGAGAAAUCCAACCAUUUGGAAUAUGAUGAACAGUACAAAGAUGACAAUUUUGGAGAGGGAAAUGAUGGUGGAAUCCUGGAUGACAAACUUCUCAGCAACAAUGAAGGAGGCAUAUUUGAUGACCCACCUCCCAUUUCAGAAGGGGGUGUAAUGAUGCCUGAACAACCUCCCCAUGAUGAUAUAGAUGAUGAUGAUAACGUUUCAAUGGGUGGACCUGAGAGCCCAGACUCAGUAGAUCCAGUUGAACCACUGCAAACGACUGAUCAGACAACACUGGUUCCAAAUGAAGAGGAAGCUUUUGCUUUAGAGCCUAUUGACAUAACUGUUAAGGAAACCAAGGCAAAGAGGAAGAGAAAGCUCAUUGUAGACAGUGUGAAGGAACUGGACAGCAAGACUAUCAGAGCCCAACUAAGUGACUACUCUGAUAUUGUCACUACACUGGAUUUGGCACCUCCUACCAAGAAGUUAAUGAUGUGGAAGGAGACUGGGGGUGUUGAAAAACUUUUCUCUCUUCCUGCUCAACCUUUGUGGAAUAACAGACUUUUAAAGCUUUUCACUCGGUGUCUUACACCCCUUGUACCAGAAGACCUAAGAAAGAGGAGGAAAGGUGGGGAAGCAGAUAACCUGGAUGAGUUCCUUCAAGACAUUGAGAAUCCAGAAGUGCCCAGAGAGGAACAGCAGCGCAAUGUUAUUGAUGAGCCCAUCUUGGAGGAGCCGAGUCGCCUUCAGGAAUCUGUAAUGGAAGGAAGUAGGACCAACUUGGAUGAAUCUGUUAUGCCACCGCCUCCACCCCAGACAGGUGUAAAGCGAAAGGCUGCACAAGUUGAACCAGAACCUGUGCUACCCUCUCAACCACUGCAACAAAUUGAAAUGCCACCAGUGGAAUUGCCUCCAGAAGAACCUCAGAAUAUCUGCCAGCUAAUUCCAGAGCUGGAACUUCUGCCUGAGAAGGAGAAGGAGAAGGAAAAGGAGGAAGAGGAAGAAGAAGAGGAAGAAGAUGGUACAGGAGGCGAUCAGGAUCAAGAGGAAAGACGAUGGAACAAGAGAACUCAACAGAUGCUUCAUGGUCUUCAGAGAGCUCUUGCCAAGACUGGAGCAGAAUCCAUCAGCUUACUUGAGUUGUGUAGAAAUACAAACCGCAAGCAAGCAGCAGCAAAAUUCUAUAGUUUCUUGGUACUUAAAAAGCAGCAAGCUAUAGAGCUGACGCAGGAAGAACCGUACAGUGACAUCAUUGCAACUCCUGGUCCUCGAUUCCAUAUUAUUUGAAUGUUCAGCUUACUUGUAUAAGUAGCAUCGUUAGUGCUUACACACUGGCCCAUGUGUAGAGCCAACGAAAGAAUAAACCUAGGUUUUCAUUGUCUGUACAGUCAUUGAAUUUUGUGUUUUAUUUUUUUUUCUAUUAUAUUUUAUCACUUUUGCAUUUCUAGUAUCUUCUGCACUGGGUGACUGCAGUUCCAGUUGCAGUGAUGAGAGAAGUGAUUCAAGGAUCUUAUAAAGAGUGGUUUUUAAAAGAAACAAUUCAAGAGACAGAUGUGUGCAAUAUUGGUGCAUGUAACUAUGACUAAUAAAUUGUUUUAUAGUUAUCAGUUUAGUAAACUAGAAUGCUAUUUUAAUCAACCCCAGAAGACCCAAAAUGGCCAACCCCUUGUUUUAUUUUGCCAAAUUUGUCUAAAAUGUACUCUGUUCCUCAAGGUAGUGAAUUUUUUUGGACCCCAAAUACUGUCGGUGUUCAUCACUCUCCUGCUUCUGAUGGUGCUCUUGGAGCUGCCCAUAUGAAUGUUAGUGCCUGGCAGGAGUCCUUGCUGUGCCAUGGUAUCUCUAGAAUAGGGUUUAAGCAGUUCUGAGAUAAAAUGUAAAUGGAUGACUUUUGAAAAAAAUUUGUUUUUAUCGAACAUAUUUAAAAGUACAAGAGAGAAAACAUUCUGGUAGUAGAUAUUACAUUCCUUCAUCAUGCAGUGCACAUCUGAUAACAGAUGGAUGGCAGGGUAGUUCUGCUGUUAGGCACCAAUUAUAGCUUAAGCAUUUCUUCCUUGCUGGAUGGAAACCUCUGAAGCAUUUUUUUGUUUUUUUAUGACUGUAGAAAUGCCAUAUUUUCAGAUUAUAAGCAAUUUGAUUUAAGCAAGUAAGUAGCUAGAUUAGCCUCAGAGUUUGAGCAAGUUACAUUUCUAAAAGUGAAUACAAAAAGAAAUCUAGGAAACCACUGGCCCUGAAAGGACAGCAAAUCACAGAUGUUUAUUUUAGAGGCAGGUAAAUUUGCAUUUCUCAACUAAUCUUAUGUAAUAAUGAUAUCCAGCAACCUUUACAACUUUUGUAUCAGUGUAUUUUCCAAUAAUGCACACUUAAUGGGACACUGAAUAGUUUGCAAAUGGCCUCCAAUUUGCUUUUACUAUUUUUUAAAAAAUGAAGGCUUUAUCAUUAAUGACCAGGCCAUACCACAAAUCAUGGGAAAGUGUUGAUGAAGAAUAUAGCAACAUUUCAUAAGGUAAAAUGAUUAAAGAUUCUAAUUUUAAAUGUUGGCACUUUUGUGAAAUGAUUCUCUUCUGGGACUGAGAUUUCAGUGUAUACCCAAGUGUAAAAUUAUGUGAAUGUUUUAAAGUUUCAACGUUUUAAAAAUCCCUGAAAGUUAAUUGUAUAAAAUAGUUACUGCAGCUUUAUUUUUGACAUGAUCUGCCUGUAUAACCAUGAUUCCCUUUGUACAAAGAGACAUUGUAGAUAAGUUGAAUGUUUAAUAGAGAAGAUCAUUAGUUUCUUGUUCAAGUUUGUUAGUCUGGUUUUGUUGCUUCUCAAGGUUAAUAUUCUUGAAAAUAGUUACUGUUAUGUAUAACUUUUCUAAUAAAAGUCGUGUUACAAGCCAUUAUAUAUUUA